AUGCUGAAAGAUGUGCCCGUAGAAUCAAUGAAAGUUGCAUCACAAAAUAUAGCGAAAAAUAACCCUGUUUCGUCAACGACGGAGUCGCUUGAAGGAAACGUUUCGGCUAGAAGCAUGGAAAGUGUUGCAUUAGAAGAUGUCCAUGAAGAGUCUUCCGGAGGUGAUCAAACAGCGAAGAGCGCAUUUCAACUACUACCCGAAUUCAAUGGAUUGACGGGAUCUGAGCCACAAUCGAAAUUUAAAAUGAGUACUGCGUAUACUAUUCCUCAUGCACCACUAGAAAUGUCAAAAACAGUCACAGCAGAUGUACAUUUUAGUAAUCCAGAGAGUGAUAUCCAAGAAGAACCAUACACUGCUCACGCCAUUUCCAGCAGCCCCCCAGAACGUAAUGACACAGAUGAGUUAAGUAACGACACUUUAGCUUCAAAUUCAAGAGAUUUUCCCAAACAAAGCGUAAAAGCGAAACCUUCGGAAGAAAAAAUUGGGCAAAUCACACGGCUAAAAAAUAUGCCGAAUGAAUGCGCCUCCCUGGAUGAUGGAGCUGACGAGUCUGAGAUUGAAGAUGACAGUUACAGGAAAUUCACUGAAACUGAAGUCGGCUUUGCUCAGCCAAAAUUGUCAACACACGGACGGCAGACCGAUGAUGCUCAAAACGCUUCGACCAUACGUACAUUUACUGAAGACAUCGAGCACUGCAAGGCAAAAACUGAAGAAACCAACAAUGUUACUGCAACGAAGCCCGGUAACACUUUCGGAGAGCAGAAUCAAAAUGUUGGUGAGUUCAAGGCAAGCAGAAUGUAUACUAGUGAUAUUUCAAGUUCGUCAUCAUCAAUUGACGAUGAACAUACAGAUAAUACUGAAUUUACCACACCCGAGAAUGCAACAAAUUACAAGGAUUACACAUACGGGAUUGGAAAAGCAGGUUUUUCGGAACAUAAGACUUUGCAUGCCAAAAAUUUAAUGGGCAACGUUACUGCAAACAGCAAACCAACCGCCGGAACAGGAAGGAAGUUGGAACAAGGCACUGUUGUCAAUGAAAUGUUCACUGAUGAUGAAUUUAACGAGCGUCUGAUAUGA